UGUGAAAUAAAUAUUCCAAAAACACAUCCUUAAAAGGACACGAAUCCUACAUAAGACUCAAACUCAGGUUCCAUACUUUUUCUUGUUCCCCAAGUGUUCUUUCAUCUUCAGAUCUUCAUCUUCGUCAUUCAAUCAAUCCAAUCUUCAAUCAAUUCAAUCAUGUUGAUCAGAAUCCGCAGCCGCGACGGGAUCGAACGGCUACAAAUCGACAAUCCCAACACAACAAUCGCCCAACUCAAAACCCUAAUCGAAUCACAGCUCAGAGUACCCAUCAACAACCAAACCCUCUCAACCAACCAACAACUCUUACUCGCCAAAACGCCCGCAGAAAUCGCACAAUUUACCGAUAUGUCCAACCCCCAAACCCCAAUCGCCACCCUUAACAUAACCCACGGAGCGCUUAUAUUCCUCGCUUACGAAGGCGAACGGACAAUCGCGGGCCCGAAGAUCGUGCCCGCAGGUUCGUUCGGGCGUAAGAUGACAAUGGAUGACUUGAUAGCGAAACAGAUGAGGAUAGUUAGGCAGGAGAGUGCCAACUGUGAGGUGUCGUUUGAUCGCGAUGCGGCUAACGGGUUCCAGCAUUAUGUGAACGAGACGUUGGCGUUCGCGGUGAAGCGUGGAGGGUUUAUGUACGGGACGGUUGAGGAUGGGAAGGUUGAGGUUGAUUUUAUAUACGAACCGCCGCAGCAAGGGACGGAGGAGAGUUUGCUGUUGUUGAGGGAUCCGGAUGAGGAGAAGGUAGUCGAGGCGAUUGCGUUGGGGUUAGGGAUGCGGAAAUUGGGGUUUAUAUUUACACAGACGGUUGGUCAAGGGAAGAGGGAUUAUACGUUGUCGAAUAGGGAGGUGUUGCAGGCGGUGGAGUUGCAGGCGGAGAGUGAGGUGAAGGAGUGGGUGACGGUGGUGGUGAAGUUGGAGGUGAACGAGGACGGGGGUGCGGAUGUGCAUUUUGAGGCGUUUCAGAUGAGUGAUUUGUGUGUUAAGUUGUUUAAGGACGGGUGGUUUGAGGGGGAGAUUGCGGAGGGUGAUGACCCCAAGUGUUCGAAGAUGAACAAGGAUGUAGUCGUUGGUGGGAAGGAUACGCGGGAAGUGGAUAAUGAUUUCUUUUUGGUGGUUGUGAAGAUCUUUGAUCAUCAGGGUCCAUUAUCAUCAACAUUUCCAGUUGAGAACCGAAACACAGCGAUCACAAUGAGAACUCUAAAGAACCAUUUGGAUCGUACCAAGAAUCUCUCUUUCGUGAAGCGUAUUUCUGACUUCCAUUUACUGCUUUUCAUAGGCAGGUUUCUCGACGUGAAUUCCGAUGUCCCAGCAUUAGCAGGGUGUGUCCGCGCACAGGCAACCAUUCCCGAAGGUUACCAGAUCCUGAUCGAGUCCAUGGCAGCAUCUGGUUGAAAUAAUCGUUACCACACUGUGCAGGAUCUUAAUGAUGUUUCUUUCAACCAAUCAUAUCGAUUGUCGUAACAUCCUGGGGUUGCUUAUUGACUUCUGUAUGGCCCGGGUUUUACCAUAAUCGUGUAUGCACAUUCUUUUCUAUGUUUUAUGCACACCUAUGUAUUUAUACUCGUUUUACUCAUGGUCGUUAAAUUAGUCUUGGAGUAUUUGCUUGGCGAUGUGUGUUCUCGUUUGUUUGAUUUUAGUUUAAAAUGCGUGUGCUUGUUGUUU